AUGCCCGAAUCUCCACCCUUCGAUUCUACUGCUGAAGAGUCCUUCCUCGAACUGGGUGCGGACACAAACAAGAGCAACUGGACUUGGUCUAAGAAGUCAAAGUGGGAAGCUGAAGAGGGCGAGUACCAGCAGUUCUACGACCACUGGCGCGACCGCAUCUUCCCUACCUCUCAGACUUUUCCCUACGUGCUACAUCUUGGAGUGGACGACGACGGCGAGCCUCUCCUGCCUUUCCAUGGCAAGGACACAACGGGGAACAGAAUCCUCGUCACGAAGUCCUACGACGACAUGUUCCACCGCAUACUGCGUUUUCGUGCGACUGGGGAGAGGCACCAUGGCGUGGUGAUCACCGGGCAGCCAGGCAGUGGCAAGACGACCUUUCAGAAAUACAUGCUUGCACGACUACUCUCAACAAAACAAGUCGUGCUCUUCUCGUCCUCAUCCCUUCUCUACCUCUUCUUCGAUGGCCGGGUCUACCUAUCAAAAACAGGCCACUUCCUUCCUCAACCUUCCCAAACAUCGAGAGAAAUACGACCUGUGGACGUGUCUCCACCGGAUCCUUCGAGAUAUAAGGAUUGGCGUAAACAGGCGAAUGCUGCGUUGUGGGGUAUGCCACUUUGGAGUAUGGAAGAGCUACUGGCGGGUUUACCUGUCCAGCCUGGAUAUGAUAGGCUUAGAACCGACCUAGAAAGGAUCCUUCCAUUCCUGGACGAGGAUACGUCCUUCUUCAACCGGACUGCGCACUCACUACCGAAAAUGACGGACGCCGUCAUCGAAGUUCUAAAGAGGGAGAGGAGAAGGCGGACGGAAGGGGACUCGAGGGAGGAAGAGGCCGGUUCAAACAUCAAGGAUGACAAGGCCCUACUAUCGACCGCAUCCAAAGACGAGGUUGACGAUGCGCUCAAAAUCUUAGUCCGUAACGCAACCGAAGAAUUCGGGUUCGCCCCUCAUGACGUCUACCAGGCCGUCUUCGAGCUCCCUCUGACUCAAACCGAGCACGACGCCGCGCUAGUAGGCUUUGGGUGCUCGGAGAUCCUGGCUUCAGUUCGAGCAUUCGCCAUUAACCGCACCUUCCCCUCCGACACAUCCUACCGCAUCUUCGCCAUGCUCCCUCUUCAAAAUCAGCUGUCAUCCUCUACCAGUGAAGUCUAUGAUGACUGGGCGAUCGACUUCAAAUCCAUCCAGAUCGCUAAAAAGGUCGUUUUCGCGCUGAUAGACUCGGAGGAAACGCACGAAGACCUUCAGAAGACGUACGACCUUCUCUACCGUUAUCCGCGGGGCUCUACGUUGGCGGGAUGCGUGUUCGAAGCGAUGGUCCAUCGUAUGCUCUACAGCACCUCGUUCGAGGAAAGGGAGCUGUGGCAGAUCCGCAUGGAUCGUACUGAAACGCCAGGUGUUUAUUCCACGAAUUUCACCACCUCGAACGCAUGGCGGUCACCUCCUCCACACGACGGAGCGAGCGAUUCUAUGAUACUGGUCGACCUGAACGGUAUCGAGACUACCGUUCAGGUCGACCGUAACCGUGGUCGGAACUACUACAUCCCAACUCCAAGCUGCGCAUCCCCUGAUCCCUUCUUUCACUCCUUCAGCGUCGAUUUCGACGGACCUCAACACAUUGGAGUCGUGAUCUCUGUCUUUGGGAUAUCGAUGUCAGGGAGGCACUGUACAUCAUCCGAGUCAAGCGAGGGCUACCAUUUCAUCCGUAAAAUCGUCGCCCGCGUGCGCGCGUUGUUAGCAUCGGAAUCGGAGAGGCACAGAUGGGGGGCUGAACUCGAGGUCCAAGUCCGAGUCGCGUAUUGUCUCGUUUGUCCCGAAGGUCAACGUGUGUACGAGUACCCGGCCUGGGAGAUGCCCAUGGGUUGGGACGAGCUCGAUACCGCCGAUAGCGGGGAGGAGUUUUGCGUCGAGCUCAAGCUUCAAGGCCGUGUAUGA